UAGUGUAGAAGGAAGUGCUGAAGUAGUGGACGCAGAAAAAGUUCUUUAGUAAGAAGUUCUACAGCAUGAACUGCUGAAAAUGGAUCACUGUACGCUGGUACUGAAAUACCUGCUUCUCCUCUCAGUUAAUGUCCAUCUAACACCAGCAGCCUCCCACUCUCUGCGCUACUUCUACAUUGGCGUCACACCGGAAGUAAAUUUCCCAGAGUUCACUGUUGUUGGUCUGGUGGAUGGAGAGCAGAUUGUGUACUAUGACAGUAAUGUUAAGGAGAUGAUCCCGAAGAACGAGUGGAUAAAGGAGGUUGAUGCUGAUGAACCAGAUUACUGGAACACGGAGACGCAGAAGUUUCAGGGUAGCCAGGAUGUCUUGACUGGCAAUCUGGCGACAGCAAUGGAGCGGUUCAAUCACACUGGAGGCCUUCAUACAAUACAGGUGAUGUACGGCUGUGAGCUGUAUGAUAAUGGAACUAAUAGAGGAUACAACCAGUACAGUUACGAUGGAGAAGACUUCAUCAGUCUGGAUAUGAACACUCUCACCUGGACUGCAGCUCAUCCUAAAGCUGUUAUUACCGAACAGAAGUGGGAGAGGAUGGGUUCAGCCAUUUUGCGAAAGUCCUAUCUGGAGAACACCUGUAUUGCGUGGUUAAAGAAGUAUGUGGAAUAUGGCAGAACCACUCUGGAGAGGAAAGUCUCUCCUGAGGUGUCUCUGUUCCAGAAGUACUCUUCUUCUCCAGUGGUGUGUCAUGCUACAGGUUUCUUCCCCAAAGCAGUGAUGAUCUCCUGGCAGAAGAAUGGAGAGGAUCUGCAUGAAGACAUGGAGCUCAGAGAGACGCUACCCAACCAGGACGGAACCUUCCAGAAGAGGAGCGUUCUGACUGUCUCACCUGAGGAGCUGAACAAACACAACUACACCUGCAUCAUUCAGCACAGCAGCCUGGAGAAGGAUAUAGUGCUACAGGGGGCUCAUCGCAGGAUCCUGCAUGGUGUUUCAGGUGGAGGUUCAGUUGGUGUCAUUGUUGGUGCAGUUGUGGUUGUUCUCCUGCUGGUCCUCACUGGCUGUGUUGGGUUGUUCAUGUGGAAGAAGAAGCAGAGGAUAAAGUCUAAUACGAAACCUGUUGCACUCAAUCACACUUCAGUGGCUGGUCCUGACAGAUGUUACUCAUCAAUCAUCUCCACCACUGCAUUUGAAUGACUGUUUGAAUGAAUCUGUUGUUAUAGACCAUACUGAUGAAACACAACUGUAUAAACAUGAGUAGAAAAAUGAGACUGAUGAGACUGCACUGGUUGCUCCCCUAAUAUAUCAUUGCCGUCAUGCAAAAACCUUGUAUCUCCAUUUUUCACUUUCACAUAACUUGGAAAUUCCAGUUACCUUUUGCAUUGUGUUAAAAUUUCACAAUGAACCGCACAACAUUACAUUGACUUCCAUUACAAGUCAAGAAUGUUUUUUUCUCUCCUGUG